CCACCGACUCCACCUCACGCACUCCACUCCAUCGCUUCGGUUGCUCAGGACCACCUGCGCUGGUCUCGGGCACGCGCAUAUCGCCGCUCUCUUCUUCUUAUCCGCUGCAGCGGCACGCUCGGCGUGUCCCCGCCGCGUCCGGGCCAUGUCCGGCCCCUCGUCGGACCAGCUCGCUGAGCUGGUCCACAGCCUUGUGCCGUCAACACGCCGGCGUCGCGGCGAGUCCGAUGCCGCAGUACGCGAGCGUCGUGCGCUGCGAGCCGAUUUGCUCGAUCUCGUACACGACAUCUUCCAUAGCGAGCUCAGCUCGUCGCCAGCCGCCGAGGAGCACGAGGUCACAGAUGCGAUCCGGCGCAAGCUGACGCGCUAUGCCGUCGACGGCGGACACGGCACGGGCGUGCGCUUCGAGACGCUGCUCUCUAAGCUGAAGAGCCAGCCGAGUCGGCCACGCAACCUCAAUGCGGUUCUCGAGUUGCUCCAGCAUCUGUCCUUCUCAGCGCAGGCGGGCGACACGGCCGAGUCGUCCUCUGCGCCUCGCAGGUCAGCAGCACCGCCAGCCCCAGCAGCGUUUGCGCUGGACGUGCCCAGCAUGGUGCCAGCAGCGCGCUCGAGCGCACCGGUGCCGCCGCCCGCUCCCGAGCUAGAGAGCCGGCCAGUGACGCGCAGCGAUGCCGGCGUGCCCGCUCGCGCACCUGUGCGGCCGGCUCGCGUCGAGGAGGCCGACGUGUCGACUGGGCUGCCGAUUGCAAAGGCUGAGGUGGUGCGGAGAUGGCGAGAGCGCAAGGGCCGAGCAGAGGUGCCCGAAACGGAGCUGCUGCGCGACGUCAUCUACCUGCUGCAGGGCAUCAACGGCAAGCACGUCGGCUUUGAGGUGGUGCAGAAGCUGCCAUCGACCGAGGUGGGCGUGGACCAGAGCGCCGAGCGACUGCUGCGUAUCCGCUUCGAAGAGGGCGAGCGGGUCAUUUCGCCGUCGACGCGGCAUCUCGUGCACCGCAUCGCCGAGCUGGGCCGCCUCUACCGCCGCAUCUCCGAGUUUGCACAGCAGCAGCAGACCGAAGAGACGGGUUUGAUCAAGCAGAGUCUGUGCCACUUCAUCUCCUCGGAGCUGACGGACUACUACCGCCUCAUCGCGGUGCUGGAGGCGCAUCUCAACCGCACGCUGCAGGCUGUCGGCGGCAGUGCGAAGCCAGUUGAUGGCAGCGACGAGCCUGGGCGAAUCGAAGGCAACCCGGCAGCCGAGGGUCUGACGCUGAAGCGCGUGGCAGUGUGGACGCAGGACGUGGCGCUGCGCCUGCGUUUGCUCAGCACCAUCAUCGAGAGCUGCCAGGAUGCGCACGGCGGCGCACUCGUCUCCCUCAUUCACUCCUACACCUUCAACGGCGACCCAUUCAUCCGGAAGUUCACCGCGCAGCUGCUCGAGGAGGUCUCGAAGCCCUUCUUCCACUCGCUCUCGCGCUGGAUUUACGAGGGCGAGCUGCAGGACCCGUUCUGCGAGUUCUUCGUCGAGCUCUCGGCGGAGGCGCGCGCCUCGGCGAACGCCAACAACAGCCUGCCGAGCUUCGAGGACGUCGAUGCCGUCUCGCUGUGGCAGAGCAAGUUCAAGUUCCGGCAGGAGAUGCUGCCGAGCUUCUUGAGCGAGAGCUUUGGCCGCAAGAUCUUCUCCACCGGCAAGAGUCUCAACUUCAUCCGCUACAGCUGCGGCGACAGCGACUGGAUCUCGACGCGCAACAAGCUGAGCAACUCGGGCACAGAUCUGCGCUACACCGACCUGGCGGGCCUGGAGCAGACCAUCGACUCGGCCUACAGCAUCGCUAGCACGCGCCUGCUCGACAUCUUCCUCGACAAGUUCAAGCUGAUGGAGCACCUGCGUGCGCUUAAGGACUACCUCAUGCUGAACCGCGGCGACUUCAUCGACCGGCUUAUGGAAGCCCUGGGACCCAGCCUGGCCCGGCCAGCCGCGUCGCUUCUGCGCCACAAUCUCACGGCAUCGCUCGAGACGGCCAUUCGCGGCUCCAACGCACAGCACGACGACGCCGACGUGCUGCGCCGGCUCGACGCGCGCAUCCUCGAGUUCAGCGCCGGCGACACGGGCUGGGACACGUUUGUGCUCGAGUACAAGGUCGAGUCGCCCAUCAACACCGUGCUCGACGCGCAGGCGAUGCUCAGCUACCAGACGAUCUUCAGCCACCUGUGGCGCAUCAAGCGCGUCGAGCUCACGCUGUCGCUCAGCUGGGGCCACCUCGUCACGGCAGCGAACAUGCUGCGGCGCAGCAAGAAAGCCGAGCCCGAGCUCAAGGCGCUGUACAAGCACGCGCACCGCACGCUCGUGCUGCUCGGCGAGAUGAUCCACUUUGUGCGGCAGAUGCAGGGCUUCUGCCAGCUCGAGGUCAUCGACUACUCGUGGCACGACCUGCAGAGCUUCUUCGCCAAGCGCCAGGGCGACCUGGACGACCUGAUCAAGUCGCACCGCGAGUACCUCGACGCCCUCGUCAGCAAGGCACUGCUGCGCGGCGCCAAGCGGAGCGUGGACACGCUGGCACACGAGGUGCGCAGCAACUUCGAGAGCAUGCUCGCCUUUGCGGCCGCCAGCGACGACCUCGCCAGCCACCUCACGGGCGAGCUGGCGCGGCAUGACUUGCGAGCACCGCUCUCCUCCCGCUCGGCAGCCUCUAGUGCGCCAGCCGUGCCAGCGGCGCGUGCUCAGACUGUGCCGUCGAUCUUGGCGCGCGUAGACGAGCACGCACGAGCGUACGAGCAGCGCACGCAGACGCGCAUCGUGCCGGCGCUGGCAAAGCACGGCAACCUGACGAUCCGCGGUCUGGCAACUCGUCUCGGCUACGACGCCCGUCCCUCACCGGCAGGCUCCGCUACGCCGGCUCCUGCGAGACGCGAACGGAGCGAGCACACGCAGGCCGCGGCACCAACGCCGGCGGCCGCUGCUGCAUAAACUGCCCUCCUCCGUCGUCACCGCUCCUGUGCUCCUUCUGUCUGCUCUGCUUUUGCUUGCGCCCCAUGUACUCUAGCUGUGUCGUGUCUCGUCUGUCGCUCAAUCGAGCGUCUUCGCCAGUCGCUCUAGCUGCAAUGUAUCGGUUUGCGACGG